AUGAGUGACCUGCCUAGAAGGGAGAAUGAAUUUGCUUCCGGUUUUUCCAGCUCUCAGACUGCAGCGGAGUAUGUAAAAUCUCGACUCCCAGAGGCCCUUAAACAGCAUCUUCAGGACUAUGAGAAGGACAAAGCAAACAGCCUGUUGUCCUACCAGACCAUCCUUGAACAGCAGAUCUUGUCCAUUGACCGAGAAAUGCUAGAAAAAUUGACCGUAUCCUAUGAUGAAGCAGGCACAACAUGUUUGAUUGCUCUACUAUCAGAUAAAGAUCUCACUGUGGCCAAUGUGGGUGACUCUCGAGGCGUCCUUUGUGACAAAGAUGGAAAUGCCAUUCCCUUGUCUCAUGAUCACAAACCUUACCAACUGAAGGAGAGAAAGAGGAUAAAGAGAGCUGGUGGGUUCAUCAGUUUCAAUGGCUCCUGGAGGGUCCAGGGAAUCCUGGCUAUGUCACGUUCCCUGGGGGAUUAUCCACUGAAAAACCUCAAUGUGGUCAUCCCAGACCCAGAUAUCCUGACCUUUGACCUGGACAAGCUACAGCCCGAGUUCAUGAUCUUGGCAUCAGAUGGCCUGUGGGAUGCUUUCAGCAAUGAAGAAGCAGUUCGAUUCAUCAAAGAGCGCUUGGAUGAACCUCACUUUGGGGCCAAAAGCAUCGUUUUACAAUCAUUUUACAGAGGCUGCCCUGAUAACAUUACAGUCAUGGUGGUGAAGUUCAGGAAUAGUGGCAAAACAGAAGAGCAGUGAACCUUUAGGGUCUCACCUGCCCCAGACUAAAGGACUUUUGACACACUGGUCUCUUUUAAUGUAAUGAAAGGUAUGGGAGUUUUCAUUAGGAUCAUCAGUCCCAACACAGAAUCCCCCUCCCUGGUGGCCUUGGGUCUCUACUGAGUACGAAACAGAGGGUGCCCUGGCCCAUGUAGUUGAGAGGCUGGAAAAUGGUUUCUUCGUAAUUUCCCCACCUCCCAUCAAUGUCCAAAAUACAUAAAUAGGUAGCUGUAGAUCCCAUGUGAGUUGGAAGGCAGAUAGGCCGUGUAUUCUCCUUCUUAAUGUUCUAUUCAAGAUCUCUUUCAGAGUCCUCCAGACGUCAGCCUUGGUGUCCUCACUGUACCCGUGGGCGGGCCAGGCUUCCUGUCCCGCGGGAAGCAGGCCAGCGCAUCACCUGUGAGUCAGGGGCUGAUGUAUUGGCAGUGCCCUCUGCCUAGAGGCAGUGUGGUCUGGAAUGCUUUGUCCUCCUGAGCCUGUGUAUUCUGGACUCUGGCCACCUGGAAGCAGAAUUGGGAUGCUUUAUUAUUUAUUGGCUGCUCUUGGAGACUGAGGGAUGCAGAGAGGAUGGAAAGUCAGUGGCAGCUGCCAAUACAACAGAAAUCACCCCUCUUCUUCCUCAUCCUGUUAUUAGUUAAAUGGACGUGGUACACACCUAACCAGCCUGUAUGUCUCUCCUAAUGGAGCACAAUCUUACCUUUUGCUCACACCUUACAAUAAGUAAAAGGCAGCUGCUGACUCCACUACUAGACAUGAGUCUUUCAUGAGUCUUUGUCUUACCUUACCAAGAAUCCAUAGGAGAGGGAAAUGGAAAAAAAGAAAAGCAAAUCACAGAGCUGUACAUCCUGCCAUCUUCAAUGGUGGGUAAGGCUGGGAUGAGGCUCAGAGCCCCCUUGGAAAAUCACUGUCUGCAUGGGGAGAGGAAGGAGUGAGAACACCACCCAGAGCAUGCACCAGCUGCCCACUUCUACCCUGAGCACGCACCAGCUGCCCGCUUCUGUGCAGCUUUUCCACAACCCAGCUUAGUAGCUUUCAAGUCUUUCAAGCACUGGUUGGAGAAGCAGCAGCCUAGAAUUGUAUAUAUGCCCCUUGCACCCAGGAACAGUGUUCCCAGCCAUCACAAAUUGGCAUUUGGCGGUGAACUCCUGGGACAUGGUGCUUGCCAAGGUUUGAAGGGCCUUUCAUCUUUGGUUGCAAAUCUCUGUUUAUACCUGGUAGCUUUCCCCAGACAAACACAAACUGCCUCCCUUGUCCUGGAGGGAAAACAGCAGCAGGUUUCCUAGGGGGGACCUGUGUGCACAGGUAGCAAAGCUAGUUGGUAAUUCAAGCAAGAACUCACAGAGAUAAGUGGCCCAGAGUUACUUGGGGGCCAGGAUUGCUGCUCUCCCUAACACCAAAGUCCCAUUUUUCCAGCCUCUGUAUUUUGUAAGUUAAUUAUAGAAAAUACUUAGUUGUCCUUUUUGCCUGAUUGAGCCAGCCCAAACCGCCAAACAAGAUUUUUUUUGCAGACUCACAAUCAGAGCCUGCCUUGUUUUGCCUAAUGGCCCAUCGAGGCCUUCCCACUGGCCAUCCCCACUCUGUCCAACUGCAGAGCUUGCUGAAUCCCUUUCCUGGAUAUAACUCUGCAAAACUAAAGAUAAACUUGGACUUCUGAGAACUGCAAACUUUGUCUUGACUCCUCCAGGAACUUGCCUUUCUUUGACUGCAUUGAGAAUUAAUCAUGGUUUCUCAAGAGAUUUGCUUACUUUUGUAUACUGUAUUUUCAACAUUAGUAUUAGAGUCUUAGUUACUGCUUUUUAGCCAUAGAAUGUUUUAGAGCAACAAUACCUUCUACCAUGUUAGAUUUAAGCACUGGCCUAUUGAGAGACACAGGCAUGUAUUGUGGGUUGGGUAGAAAGGGAAUGAACAGACAGGAGGUUAGCCGAGUUUGUUGAUUUAGGCCCUUCUGACUCUGGUCCCCACAGCUCACCAUCUAACUAUAGGUCCAGAAUUUACAGUCCAUAUAGUACACUUCCCUUUUUGUCUUUGCUUAACACAAAAAAAAUGUGUAGUAAGGGGGAAUUAAAAUUCACAAUCAUUUUUAUUGUCAAAAAUGAAUAAUAAUGUUUUGGUGAAGACAAAAAAAAAAGCUACCAAAUUUGUUAAUUAGUAUUCAUUACCAAGCAAAGUUUCUUAACCAGUUGUACUGAUGCAAUAGGUAUAUAAGUUUCUAACUGAGGUUCACAAGUGUCUAGUAAAUUUUCCUUUGGAGAAAUAACUUAUUUCUAACUAUAACCAAAUAGAGUCUAUAGCUCAUAUUCCUUUCUUACCUCUUCCCUUCCCCCCAUGGCUUGUAGACUUUUUUAAAGAUAGACAUAAGGCAAAAUAGUAGCAGUGUGAUGAAUAGUUACAUAGACAACCAGAGUGCCCUGUUCCCUUCUCCACAUCCUCCUAGAAGGUUCUUUCCCUAACCUGCGUCCUGGUCCUGCUGUCCGUCUGCAGCUUGAUACUCCUGGGCACAGUUGCUGCUCCUUCUCUAGAGGCCCAGGAAGGCUGAACUGAUUUGAGAUGUCUGCAUGCGAAGCUUCCCUAACUAGCACAGCCAAAGCUUUGGAGUCAUCACCGAGGCUGCCCAAACUCCCUAGCUAGCCUGAGUUCCAAUUGCCAAUAGUCCCCAUGGUGCCAAAUUUUGGGAUGGUUUUACAGUCUUCUAGAAAUGAAGCUGAUGCCAAGCCUGGGCCCCCAUCAACCACCACACAACUGCUGCUCUGGCCAUCUGUACUAUUUGGGUGGGGGAGGGGCGGGAGAGGAAGGGGAAGGUUUUUAAAAAUUCACUUCGUUUUCAGUUCUUUAAUCAAAAGAAUAAACUGGGCUGAUAUAGAGUACUCCAAAGCUAGCUCCCAAGACCUAUCUUUUUUUUCUAAUGUGACCAACUUGCCCAAGCCAAAGAACUCUUGAGUCACUAUUCUAACACCACAUGACUCUAAGUGUAUGAACCAGUGUGACGCUCUGUUCCUUCAAUGGACUGAAGGGAUUGGCCUUUUGAAUCUGGUAUAUGUCGUAGUAUUACAGAGAGAGCGUUAUAGUAAAGGAACUUGCAGCCUGGCUAAUUUGAAGCAUACCCUAUGUCAUCCAAGUGCAAUGCUUUGGACAUUUUGCACAAAUGACAAGCGAUUGCACGAGAGCACUGACAUCACCGUUUUAAUCUUCUCUGAAGUGAUUGUAGGGAACUGGUUCCAUUAUUGACUGGGGCGUCUGGAAAUGCACAAGGGGUUCACUGAGGGAAUGGUUUCUUUUCCCUUUGCUAGGCAUACCUUGGUUUUCCUGAUGUUUUUUCUCCAUGAAUUGUUGGCAGGUCUAGCUCUCGUUGCAGCAGCCCUGGAGGAAGGUCUACCUCCAGGUCUGCAGCAGGUCAUGACAUUUGAAAGGAUGGGACUAUAUAUUUGGUAUAAAGCUUUAUUUUCCAAUGAUUUCAGAAAUUUUCUUUCUUCCUUUUGGCCCACUGUUAGACUAAUCUCCUCUGACUAGUCACCCAAAAUUGCCUUAGCCUGUCACACCAGCAUUCCUGAUCCAGCUCUAGGAAAAAAAAAUAUAUGUAAGAUACCAUCCUGGGGCCUGUUUAACUGCCUGUGGGUUAAAUCAGUUUUUAUCUAAGCCCUUGGACUAGUUGGACUACUGAAAGAAAAGAGGAAUACAGUGUCCCUCAACAGAGGAGAACACAAUUUCUUUCCACAUUUGGCAUCUAAGGAGUUGGAGAAUAUACUUUCUUUAUGCAAAGUAAACUCAUUGGAAAUUGAAAGGUAUGAAUGUCCUGUGGGAGAGGAAAAAGCACAUAGAGAACACAAAUAUAGUAUCUGUGAGCCUGUUGCUUUCCACAUUAACAUUAUCACAGAAAACUUUUCCUAGUAAUGUCCCAGGGAACUCCUCACCAACAGAAAUGACUCUGGACAUGCUGUUUUCAGUCACCAUGACACUUGGUAGUAGCAAUACAGUUUAGUUCAGAAGCACCAAACCUUUCAGCCUCGAGGCUAGCUUAUGACAGAAACAGUGGUAAAGACGGUAUGAUUUAAUAUGAUCAUUGACAGCAGAAGUCCAACAAUCCCAUCUCCCUCCUAUGUGAGUCGUAAGAGCUUUUCCACGGCUGGGCAGUUCUCAAAUGUAUUCUAAGAGGCUUAACUUGUUUUUCUGCAGUUAUCUUUGCUUUCCAGAUUGAAUCAAAAUAUUUUUGUUUCAUCACUAAAUGAAAGUAAAAGAGAGAAAAUAAUAGAACAGGAAAAGUACAUAUUUGGUUUUAAUUCACUUCUGACAUUUUAGAUUUUUAAAAAUUAUUUGAUAAUAGAGAUGCCAACUACUUUUAUUAACAGACAUUUACUGUCUUUCCACUGUUCUCUCCAGAUUCAGUGAAAUAAUUUAAAAUCAACUAGAGCUCAUAUGUCCUGAAAUUCCCAUCCUGUGCCAUCCUAUCUUUCAGAUUCCGUGUAUAUUAUUAAGUUGGGCACUUUGUCUCUUCCUAGCAUGUAAGGGUUGACCGUAGUUCUAUAGCCGUCAUCUUCAGCAUGGUCAGUUUGCUUAGGAAGCUAUAACAGAUCACCCCAAAGUAAUGGGUGAAAUGGAACAGGGUAAAUUUGAGGUAAAGUCGCUAAUUUAAGAUUGCAUCCGCUAUUUGGGGUAUGUCCACCCAUAUUGUAUUAACAAAAGAGCAGAAAACAAACUUACGUAGCGUCUCUUAGGCUAGUUGGCAGAGUGCAAAGUGCAGGGGACAGCCCAUUAGAUAUUUGUUUCUAAAUAUGUUUCCUAAUGUAUAAAUUCUUGCAGAUUUUUAGUAGUUAGUGCUUUGUCCAUUAUUUGUUUGCUUUGUCAUUGUUAAGUUGCAUACUCCUAAGCCAGGUGUUGAUUAUGAUAAUUUUAUGUGUUCAGUAAUAACUACACCAUCAUAUGUUACAAUCAUGUUAAUAAAUCCGAGGUCUUUGAGGAGGGCA